UAGCCUGUGUAUUGACAACAUCAACAUGUUUGCUGUCAACCGUUAAAUCCGUAGAACCCAUUGCAACUGGCGGCCCUGCCUAUAUUGUGGCAGGCAAAGACGCCCUGCUAACCUGUGUCGUCUCAGCGAAUCGUCUUAAUAAUACUGUGAUAUGGAAGAAAGGUGAUGAAAUUCUAACCGCGGGCAGCGUCCGGGUGACAAGUGAUCCGCGUGUUAGUGUAUUACACGAUGAAGGUGAGUUUAGCAAAGUGGAAUCCGGUGGUGAGGUGUGGGUCCUACUCAUUAAACGCCUAAAACCAUCCGAUAAGGGAAGCUAUAUCUGUGAAUUAAAUUCAGAUCCAGUUUCGACAUUGGAUUUCAAUUUGUUUAAGUGUCUGCAUUUUAUGUCGGAAUUUAGCAGUUGCCUAUUUCAAGGUUAUGGUGUAUUGGCUGAUCCACCCACCAAAUUACGUACGGUUGCCAAAAAGUAUACUUUCCUCAUUCUGGAUUGGAAUAAACCAAAAAGACUAGCCGAUACCAUAACAACAUUCCAUGUCAAAUUUAGACGUUUGGGAGUUGGUGAUGAUUAUAGCACAGUUGUAAAGAAAAAUCCACCACUAAUAUUGGAUGGCUUGGAACCCGAAGUCUACUAUGAAUUCUAUGUGGUAUCCAUAAAUGCAUAUGGCAAAAUUGAACCUUCACCACGUUUAAUCACACGCACCAAACCCGUAGAAGUGGAGGACGCCGAGGAGCCCAACUAUGAUAUGUCUAAAUGCUGUCAUGGAUCGGGGCUAUUGCCACAAUGUGUACCGUUGUGCACAUUGGCACAAAUGUCCAAAUGUUCCGCCGGAGGUCGUGAUCACACACCAUGCUGUGUACGCCGUGGUGUACCCUCAACAUGUAUGUCACUGUGCCGUGGCGUUUUACCUGUAGCCCACACCUCUUCAUUGGCAACAACGGGCAGAGUCAAUUCUAAUGCCACCACAGAUUGUCUAUCCUAUGCGGGUAAUAUCCAGCAAUGUCUGGAGGAGGAUGUCGAGGGUAACAACAAUUCCACAGAAGUCGCUACAACAACGGCAGAUGCCUCAAACAUCAAUGGCAAAGCAACAAAUGAUGCAUCCAACGGCAAUGCAAUAGAAUUUGACAUCGCUGAUGAGGCGGCUGCUGCUGCAAAUGAUGAUAUUGACUUCAUUGUUCAAUAUG